AUGACCCCCACCUCCAGCAGGGCGGCUCCACUUCCAGCGGGACCCCGCACCUCCAACAGGAUCCCCCACCUCCAGCAGGACCCCCCACCUCCAGCGGGACCCCCGCACCUCCAGCAGGACCCCGCACCUCAGCAGGACCCCCUACCUCCAGCAGGACCCCCUACCUCCAGUAGGGCCCCCCACCUCCAGCAGGACCCCGCACCUCCAACAGGGCCCUCCACCUCCAGCGGGGCCCUCCACCUCCAGCAGGACCCCGCACCUCCAGCAGGGCCCUGCACCUCCAGCAGGACGACCGCACCCCAAGCAGGACCCCCGCAUCCCCAGUAG